AGUAAAGAAGAAGAGCUUCUUGUUGUCUUCCGGUGUGAAGCUUCACGUGGGAAAGAAGAGAAGCACGAGCGCAGCAGCCUUGAAAAUACCACAAAAAAAGGUUAAAAAAUGACGCAUUUAGACGGAGUAGUGAAACCAAAGACGAAACGCUCGAAGCGUUUCCUGGAGAGCCGAGCUCCCAAACUGGUUGAAGAUGUGAAAAGCACCAUGAUCAUGAAAGGAGGAAACACCAGUCAGACCGUCACUACAGCCCUCAAAGAUAUAUAUUCCUUGAAGAAACCAAAUGCUGUCCUUUACAAAAAGAAGAAUAUUACUCGGCCUUUUGAGGACUCCACAUCCCUGGAGUUUUUCUCCAAGAAAACGGACUGCUCUCUGUUUUUGUUCGGCUCCCACAACAAGAAACGACCCAACAACUUCAUAUUUGGUCGAAUGUUUGAUUUCCAUGUCCUGGAUAUGUUUGAACUUGGUAUUGAGAAGUUUGUCUCCCUGAGUGAGAUCAAGACUACCAAGUGUCCUUUAGGAACCAAACCCAUGCUCGUGUUCGCCGGGGAACUUUUUGACACGGACAACGAAUAUAAGCGACUGAAGAGCCUGCUGAUAGACUUCUUCAGAGGCCCCACCGUGUCGGCGGUGCGUCUCGCCGGUUUGGAACACGUCCUGCACUUCACAGCCCUGGAGGGAAAAAUCUACCUGCGCAGCUACAGGUGUCUGUUAAAGAAGUCUGGGUGCCGCACGCCGAGGAUCGAGCUAGAGGAGAUCGGGCCGUCGUUCGACUUCGUGAUGAGGAGAACACACCUGGCGUCAGACGACCUGUACAAGCUGGCUCACAGACAGCCCAAAGCCCUGAAGCCAACGAAGAAGAAGAACAUUUCCAGCAAUGUGUUCGGUACCACAUUUGGCCGGGUUCACAUGCAGAAACAGGAUCUGUCCAAGCUGCAGACACGCAAGAUGAAGGGCCUGAGGAAGAGGAAGGGGGAGGUGGUUGAUGAAGGCCAGGAACCCAAAGCGGCCAAAGUGGAGAACUGAAGCUCAUGGACAGUCGGUUCGUUUCGCUCCCUCAGAGCCUCGCUGCACGGCGGCGGGAGAGCAGCUCCUGGCCGGGCAGACAUGGCGGCUCUUUGUCGUGUGACCCUCUGGAUGUUCUGAAACAGCCGGUCGGUUCUGAUGAAGCUCCAACGGCACCAGAGAAUCAACAAAUCAUCCGUUAUUGAUCACAUUUCAGUCUGUUUCUGUAUACAAAGCUGAUCAUCCUGUAAAUGAGAACAAUUAAAAUAUUUUU